GAGGUGGAGGCGCUGCUGCGGCAAGGCGAUAUGCUCCGAGCUUUCCACAUGGCCUUAAGGAAUUCUCCGGUUAACACGAAGAAUCAAGCAGUAAAGGAACGGGCCCAGGGCGUAGUCUUCAAGGUUCUCACUUCCUUCAAAAGCAGUGAGAUAGAACAGGCAGUAAACUCCUUAGACAAAAAUGGCAUUGACUUAUUAAUGAAGUACAUUUAUAAAGGAUUUGAAAAGCCAACAGAAAACAGCAGUGCAAUAUUACUUCAAUGGCAUGAAAAGGCAUUAGCAGUAGGUGGACUAGGUUCCAUAGUAAGAGUUCUUACAGCAAGAAAGACUGUUUAAAAGACUAUUAACUUGAACCGAGAUGACGCUCAGUUUUGGACGCAGAAGAAAGAACUAACUGACACAACACUGGUCCAUCUUUUCUAGAAAUUGCAAUCUACUGACAUACUUUGGAAACCUCCUGUUGGAAUGCUCUUAAUUUUAAAGGUGGGGAGAGGAGUAAAUGUAUUACUGUAUAUUUUCUGACUAUCUAAUGCAGGAGCCAAGACAUCCUGAUUCCCUUCUUGUUUAAGUAGAGCAGAAGGUACAACUUCUGCCCUCCUGUUACUGUAAGUGAAGAGGUAAUUCUCUGAUGCUGCUCUAUCGAAGUGUGGUGACAUGAGAUCCUGUGUGUAUUGCAUAUUUAAGAGGUAGCUAUGUCAUUGGCAGAAGCAAGAAUCUGAUGGUUUUGGGGUGAAGUAAAUGUUCCUUUGAAAGGCUUUUUGAGGUUUUUUGUACAUAUGGUCAAAAGACUAGCUGGACUACUAGACUGACUUCAUUGUAAAGUGCCUGCUGCAUCAAUAAAGUUUUUGGAUUGUAAGAGUAAA